UUCUGAAACACACUUCUCAAAUUCCACUAAAACACAGCAACUAUAUAUUUCAUCCCUAACUCCACUUCUCUUCUUAACAUUAUUACAACCAAAUUAAAGUUCAUUUCAUCUUCUCUCAACAUCUUAGUCAUCAUUCUAUACAUAAAAAUGACCAUUACAUUUCCCCUUAUGUCACUAUUAGUAUUUUUCACAUUCCUUUCACUCUCAACAAACACAAAUCAAAUGACAUAUGCAAAAGAAAACAACAACAACAACAACAAUGUUAAGGAAGCUUGUAGUGUGACAAGGUACAAAAACUUAUGCUUCCACACACUCUCACAAUUCUCCAACACAGCAGGAAGAAAUCCAAGCAAAUGGGCACGUGCAGGGGUGUCAGUAGCAAUAGGGGAGGUUAUAAAUGUUCAACAAUAUCUUACAACAUUAAAACGUUACGGGAACAUGAAAGGAAGAAACAGAGUUGCGCUUUUGGAUUGUAUUGAAACUUUUGAUUAUGCAGCUGAUGAGCUUCAUAGAUCACUUGUUGUGCUUAGGAAGCUAAGCAAAAGCACGUUUAGUACACAAUUGGGGGAUAUUAAUACAUGGAUUAGUGCAGCACUUAGUGAUGAAGAUACUUGUAUUGAUGGAUUUGAAGGGAACAAUGAAAGGGAAAUUAAAUUUUUGCAACAUAAGGUUCAAAAUGUGUCUUGCAUAACUAGUAAUGCUCUUGCUCUUGUUAAUAAGCUUGCUGCUAUGGGUAUUGGAAGUAUCAUUGAUCCACAGAACUUCUCGGAUUAAUGGGUAAAUGAAAUAUUAUCUUACUCUAAAUUAAGGUUACAUAAAUAAAUAAGAUCUGAGAAAGCGUUCUAUUGAUCGAGAUCAGACGGUUUAGAUUCAAGAUCGAUAUUAUAUCUUAUAAAAUUAAAAUUUGUAUUUAAACUGACUGGUCUCGAUUGAACAGCUCACAGAAGAAAUUUGAAUUCUUAUGUGUGUGACUUUAUAUCGAAUAUGUAUAUAUAUUUUGUUUUUUUUUUUUUUAUCAUGAUCCAAAAAUGUGAAUGUGGGAAAGAAUAUUUAAUAAACAAAGUCUAGCAGUUGUGUGAUAAUUCUAGUAAAAAAUGAAAAACAUAUGUCUGAAUGGUGAUUUUUGUUCAA